AUGUGGCCCUGCCUGCUGCUCGCCCUGGCCCUGCUGGGCACUGUGCCCACCAGCCACUCCACCCCCCGCCAGCCCCAGGGGGUGCCCGCGGCCGAGGCCAUCCCGCAGCCCCGGUACACGGUGGUGAACCGGCUGCGCACCUACUCGAGUGCCCAGAGCUACUGCCGGGAAGUGUACCGGGGCCAGCUGGCCUCCGUGCACAGCGCCUCCCGCAACCUGGAGCUGCAGAAACUGGCCCGCACCUACACCUACAUCUCCGUCUGGAUCGGGGCCGUCACCAGCUGCAAGGGAGGGAAGUGGGUGUCAUACUGGGAGGACUCCAGCCCCUGGAACUACGCCAACUGGGGACCCACCUAUCCCCACCACAUUGUGACCACCUGCACCACCCUCAGCACCCGAGACGGGCUCUGGCGCAGCCGCCCCUGCUUCCAGCCGCGCCCCUUCAUCUGCCAGUACUGA